AUGCUCUCAUAUCUCUCUCUCUCUCCAACUCUCACACACAGGCUGGCGCGCACGCACAAAUCCACACACACCUGUUCUCUCUCUCUCUCUCUCUCUCUCUCUCUCUCUCUCUCUUUCAUACCGUUUCUAUCUUUCUGUUUCUUUUUAUCUCUUUCUCUUUCACAGACAUUUUUUUGUUACUUUGAUGAUAUUCUAUGUCAUACCAAGACGCCAGCCCAGAACGAAACACCCCUGAAUCAAUUUCAUCGGCGACUGAAAGGAGCAAACCUCGAGCUAAACUACGGCAAGAGCGAGUACCGGAAGUCCCAAAUCACCGUUCUGGGAUAUGAUAUCGACUCGCGUGCCCACCACCUAGAGAGAUCAAAAUCGAAGCAGCCCAAAAACCUACCUAAACCAACUGAUGUUGCCGAACGGACGAAAAUUGAGUAUGGUGAACUAACUUCGCUGGUACUUUACUCAUCUGUCUACUGUUCAACGAACUCUUAG